GUAACAAUCGGGAUGAGUCUUCUGUCCGGGGAUCCCUGCUUUAAAACGCCUCCCAGCACGGCCAAAUCUGUCUCCACCGGGGACGAGGACCCGACCCUGCAGCUCGACCGCAAGGGAGGGAGCACUGAUGCCACGGUGCAGCCACCAGGGGGCAUCCUGGAGGGAUCUCGCUCCUUCAAACCAAGACAGUCGUCGGUACGAAGCUCAGGGCUACCUGAGGAGGGGGGGAGUCCAGAUGACGUCUUUCACUCGGGUCAUUUCCGCAGCUCCAGCUACGCCAGCCAGCACAGCAAGAUAUCAGGUUACAGCACAGGUCACUCUCGCUGCUCCAGCCUGACGGACCUCAGUCACCAUAGAAACACGUCAUCCAGCAGCAGCGCUUCCUGCGGACCCGCCCACUCGGCCCAGCCUCCUCCCUCCACCCCCACUGAUCCUCAGAGGCAAGGGACGCCCACCAGACCAGAGCGGCCGCCUCCCCCCUCUGCAGCAGCAUUUAUGUCCAACAGAUCGUCCAGGAGGAAGAAGGACACGGUGGAGCGUCAGCACAGCUGGGUGGACGACACUCGCAUCGACGCUGACGUCAUCGUGGAGAAAAUCCUCCAGAGCCAGAACUUUUCUGACAGCAGCAACAACGAAGACAGUAACUUGAGGCUGUUCGUCAGUAAAGACGGGACGACCGCUCUCAGCGGCUCGCUCGCCAACAGAGGAACUCCUGGUACGUUUGAGCCGGUCGUCAUCGAGAGUCACUGAGACAAACUGAUCACGUGUCUGUGACAUCACGCUGCAGCUUCAGUAAACAUCUCCGCACCGCACCAAACUUUAUUUAAACGUCCACUGCACAGAAACAGUUUUCUAGUUCAUUAUUUCAGAUCUGUGACAUUUGACUGAACAGAGAUUCAACGAUGAGUCUGAAACACGAUGAGUCUGAAACACGAUGAGUCUGAAACACGAUGAGUC